AUGCGGGGACUCCAGCGAGCAAACUUGCAGCCAGCAGCCCACCCCACUCAGCGACCUCGUCGUUGCCUGGCUAUCGAGACUGCUUCUGUUCCCACCGUCGGUAUCAACGGCUUUGGCCGUAUCGGCCGUGCGCUCUUCCGUCUGUGUCUUGAGCGCGACGACCUGAACCUGGUUGCCGUCAACCACACCGCCGCCUCGAUCGAGCACCUCCUUACUGCUAUCCGCCACGACUCGACCCACGGCCCCUGCCACCAUGCCCGCGACAUCUCGGUCGCCCCCGCUGACCACCCCGGCAUGCUCAAGCCUACCGAGAUCAACCCCAACCCCUCUGCCCUCCUCUACAAGGGCCGCCUCAUCCACCUCUUCUCCCAGCGUGACCCCGCGAACCUCGACUGGUCCUCGGUCGGUGCCGAGUACAUCAUGGAGUCGACCGGCAAGAUGACCACCGUCGAGAAGGCCGGUGCUCACAUCAACCUCGCCAAGGGCAAGAAGGUCAUCAUCUCUGCUCCCUCCAAGGACGCACGCAACAUCGUCUACGGUGUCAACCACGCCGACUACGCCGGCGACGACGUUGUCUCCAACGCCUCGUGCACUACCAACUGUCUUGCCCCCGUCGCCCUCGUCCUCAACCGCGCCUUCGGCGUUGAGGCCGGUAUGAUGACCACCAUCCACGCCUCGACUGCCUCGCAGAAGGUCCUCGACGGCUUCUCGGCCAAGGACAUUCGUUCCGGCCGUUCCGCCAUGGGCAACAUCAUCCCCGCCACCACUGGUGCCGCCCAGGCCGUCGUCCGCGUCCUACCCGAGCUCGCCGGCAAGUUCCACGGCAUGUCGGUCCGUGUCCCCGUCACCAACGUCUCGCUCGUUGACCUGACUGUCCGCACCACCAAGCCCUUCGGCUCCAAGGAGCAGCUCGUUGCCGCCUUCAAGGAGGCUGCCAACACCCCCGUCUCCGAGGGCGGCCUCAAGGGCGUCCUCGGUGUCUCUGACGAGAAGCUCGUCUCGUCCGACUACCUCUCGUCGACCGAGUCGUCGAUCGUCGACGCCGACGCCUGUGUCACCCUCAACGACAACACCGCCAAGGUCGUCGCCUGGUACGACAACGAGAUGGGCUUCUCUUCCCGCAUGUGCGACCUCGCCAUCUACAUGCACCAGCGCGACCAGCAGUAA